UAGCAAAACAGAAAACCACAGAGGAAUGGCAGAAAGGUUACAUGCAAAAUUAAGUACCGUAUACUUCUGAGGGAAAAAGACAUAUACAAGUAUUUGGACUAUAGAGUCAUCAUCUCUUCACCAGGUCGAGUAAACUCAUGUUGGAAAUGCUGUCAGGGAUGAAGUGGUACAUUUGUGGCCUCCUGCUCAUUUUACCAGAGAUCUGCAAAACUGCUAACUCUAAUAAUGCCAAUAAACCUAAAUGUAAACAUAAUUAUGGAAAAAAAACAAAAAAUGAUUGUCCUUUAACUACCGGUGUCCAAGGAUCCUCUAAUCCUGAAGUUGUGGUCAACGAUAUGUUCUUACUGGGUGCAGAUGGUUUCAUGGGAUAUAUGAAAACAGUUGAUUGCAUUAAUGGUUCUUGGAACUUAUCAGAUGUGAUACUUGGUUGUGAUUCUACAGAAUUACCAGACAAAACAUUAUUAAAUAUCACGGUUUUUUCAUUCGAUGACGGUGAAAACUGUACAGCUAACAUCUCUUCAUGUACAAGUUCAUCAUGUAAAACAUACUGCAGUGACUAUGGUGUGUAUUUGUCAAAAAAUACAUCAGGUGAUUAUCAGAUCAGCAUUAACAGAAACAGCAUACCCACAUUUGUCUGUUUAUUUGCUGGGAACUGCUUAUAUUACAACUGGUCAAACUGGAUUAAAAGAGGUUGCAAUUGGACCAACUUAACUCCCAGCAGCACAUGUAAUAUGACCUGCCUGGAUCCCACAGAGGCAUGCCAGAGUGCACACUAUGAACACAACUGUAGCGAUGCUAAUGCAAGUGAUGAGAGUAAGGUGAACACCAUUAAGAUCAAAAAUCAAAAUGGAACUUGUUUCAAGUGUGGAAGUCCUUUUCAAGUUUUGGAAUCAGUGUCGGUACCAGCAGAAAUAGCAAGUCAGUUUAAUAAAACAGAGACAAAUGCUGUGGCAGCUGCUGGGGUCAUGAAAAAUCUCUCCAACAUGCUGUUCCUGAUGGGGAAUUUAACCAUAGCAACUGUGUCCAUGGGUAACAUUCAAGGAGUUGUAAAGAAAAUUGAAGCUGAGUCUGAUAUCAGAACAUCUGCUUUCAUCUACUCUUCAGACACCGGCAUCAGAGCUAUAGAUGAUUUUGCAGCACUGCAAAAUUAUCCCAAUGCAUUUAUUGUUCCGAAAGAAGCCACUCUGAAAGCAUUCAACCAAAGCUCAGGAAAAGCUUUUCUGGGUCUGUUCCAAUUUCCCAACAUGACAAAGGAUGAAAACAACAGUGUGAUUUUGAAUGAUCAAGUUUAUGCGAUUGAAAUGGGGACAAAGAUUUCCAAUUUAAGAAACAACAUUGAGUUAAGCUUCCAAAUAAUACAGGAUAAGAAAUUGACUCCUACUUGUCAUGCAUGGGAUGGAAGUGGAAAUAAGCCUAACUGGAAUACUGAUGGGUGUAAUACUACUAUUGAAAAAAACAAGGUCACUUGUAAAUGUGAACACUUGACUUUCUUCGCUGUGCUUAUGGCUCCUGUUAAAGACAUUUCUCAGCAAGAUCUCAUCAGUCUCACAUACAUCACCUACAUCGGCUGCGGCCUGUCCAUGUUCUUCCUGGGCAUCGGGCUCUUCAUGCACUUUCUCUUGAGGAGAGCUAAAGCCAGUAACUCAGUCCACGUGUUGAUUAAUGUCUUUGUGGCACUGUUCCUGCUUAACGUGGCCUUCCUGUCCAAUGAGUAUGUAGCACGUGCAAAGGACCUCACCGCCUGCCGGAUCAUGGCUGGAUUCAUGCAUUACAGCCUACUGGCCAGUUUCACCUGGUUUGGUCUGGAGGCUUUUCACCUCUGCAUGCAAAUGUCCAAAUACUCGGUCACCAUCAAACAUUACAUCAUCAAGAUGACCGUGGCUGGGUGGGUUCCUCCUGGUCUUGUUGUGACCAUCAUUUUCUUCUUUGGCAAAUACGGUGAACAGACCAUACAUACGGACACAGGCAAUAAUGUAACCAUGUGCUGGAUUUUAGACAUCAAUGUCCACUACAUCGUGAACAUCGGUUACUACAGCUUCAUCUUUAUCUUCACCUUCAGCAUCUUCAUUGUGGUGCUGCGGUGGCUCUGUAUGCUGAGGGUAAACAAGUGGAGCAAGACUGACAAAGUGAAGCACUCAGGAACGGCCACCUCUGACAUCACCACCGUCAUGGGGCUCUGCUGUCUGCUGGGACUCACCUGGAGCUUCACAUUUUUCAGCUAUGGAGCUCUGCAAAUACCCUCAUACUACAUCUCUACCAUUCUGAACUCCUUUCAAGGAUUCUUCUUGUUCAUAUAUUACCUGAAAUCAAGCACCUUAAUUGGAGAAGCUGAACCUUCAGAACAGAGCAGCAUGUCUGGGGAGACCAACACAGAAAAUCCAUAUGACAAACAACUGUCAACAACCAGCACAAAGUCCUGUGACUAAUUAGACACCUUUAUAUUUUAUCUGCAAAUUUGAAAUGUCAUAUCUGUCUAUUGAUAUUUACUUAUAUGAUAGGAAUAUACACUACUAAAACAUGUUUUUUCAGGUAACCCAAAAAAAUUUGUUUCACGUGGUAAUAUUUAAAUUAACUUGUUUCUUUCAAGUCAAAAUCAACUGAAUACAUUAGGUUACACCAAAGCAAUGCAAUUGUUGGAUGAAAUAGAAAUAGAAAUAGAAUAAAGUGACAUUUUUAAUUGCACUUCACCACUAUUUUACGGUGUAGAUAUCUGUUUACACUAUUGAUAUUCAUUUAUAUUAUUACUGUGAGUCAAUAUAAGGUCAGCCCUUUUAGAAUUUCCACAAGCUGAGCCUUUGGAUUAGCCACACCCCCUUUUUUGCAAAAACCUUGCACUCCAAAGAUAACAAAUGAGAAUGAUAUCAAGCAGAAACAGUUGUCAAAAACAACAACAGCAGCAAAAUAGCGCCCUCCACUGACAACUGUUAAAAACAGCAUGGCAUUAAUAUGGCAUUAAGUCUCAAUAAUGUGCUGCAACUACAAUACUAUUAGAACACGCAAAAUGAUUAACAAGCAGAAAGUGCCAGAGACCGCAGCCCGCAAACACAUAUUUGUUUGCUGUUUACAGAGUCUAGAGCUGUCACAGAGACAGGUGAGAUAUCUCACGACACUUAUUUAAUUAAUAUAUUUCAGGGAGUUUUUUCAUACUUUCCAUUUACAAAAAUUGUUUACAGCACCUUUAAUUUUUUAAUGCCCCCAGUGAACAACUUUAUGGAAUUAAUAACUUUAUCUUUAAUGUUUUUAGGCAAUGCAAAUCUUUCCUAAAGCAUAUGUAACUAUCUCUAAACUUAGGAAAAUUAGUAAGUGCUGUAUUAGAGGGUUGGACAAAAUUCAGACUUUUGGCUCCAUUUCAGUUCAUGAGUUGGAAAUUUCCAUAUAUUAAAAGACAAUUUUUUGAAAUAGAAUGAAUUAUAGAUAUACUGUAAAGUAAAUACACAUUUCUAUAUUUCAAACAUUGAUUAUUAAAAUCAUCUAAAGAAUCUGGAAAUACUCCAUAUGUUAAAAACUGUGCAUCCUGUUUAAAUUCAGUUCAGUUUUAAUAAUUGAAAUAAAGUUUAAAAGUAAUUCUCAAUUCAGUUAUGAAUACCACACAACUCUUCUGUAUAACAGCGUUUCAGAAUCUACUUUUGUGUAGUAUAGACCUAUAUAUUUUUUAUUCUUGACUGCAGUUAAAUGUAAAAGGCUGCUUCAUAUUAAACAUAGCAUAAUACUGUCCUACUGAUGUAUUUUUCUGUACAUUAUAAACUAUUUUAUGUAUUAAAUUUUUUACUUCUGCAACACACAAUUCCCACAAUUAUAAUAAUUGGACAGGAAUGUUGGUCAAAGUGGUGUUAGGAUCUUUUUAAUCAGCUUGCCUAGAUAAUAGUUUUGCUUAUAAGUACAUAUUACCUUAGUCUUUUAUUUUGUGUGUGUGUGUGUGUGUUUGUGUGUGUGUUUUAUAUGUUUUUUUAUGUAUUGCGUGUAUGCUUUCGGUGUUCAGGAGGCUGUUUCCCUCCUGCCAGUCUAUUAUUGUACAUAAAUGUUGAUGGAUCUUUUACCUUUCAUAUUAGUUUGAGGCUACUGAUUUUACACAGUCCUGCUGGUUUGUCUUUGCGUAAAAUUAAUCAAACAUCUGCCUCACACAAGAACACUGUUAAUUGUAAUGUAAAAGCAAAAGUCUAUUAGGGUCUGUACUAAAUAUGAUAUUUUUGUAUAAGUGGCACCUUUUCAUAUUUUACACAAUUUUAAACUUAAAAUCUGAUAAAAUUUUGUUCAUAGCACUCGAAGUCUGGAACUUUUGUCUUUGUGUUUUUUAUUAAUAUGCAUAAAACAAAAAACAAAUAUUGCUAGUAAUAAAACAAGGUUUUUUUUUUAAUUCAAUAAACAACAUAUAUAUAUAUAUAUAUACAGGGUUGGGAGGGUUACUUUUGAAAUGUAUUCCACUACAGAUUACAGAAUACAUGCUGUAAAAUGUAAUUUGUAACGUAUUCUGUUAGAUUACUCAAGGUCAGUAACAUAUUCUAAAUACUUUGGAUUACUUCUUCAGCACUGGUAGAUUUUUUCACUUGUUUUGACUAUAAAAACUCUGCCAGUACAG